CCCAGCAAAUGUCUUUUACAAUUACUGGAGUGUACAGACCCCCCUCUGCAAAUGAUGCAUUUUAUGAUCAGUUGACAGAAAUGCUCAGAGAAUGUAAUCACAACAAAGAGUUAAUUCUUAUGGGUGAUUUCAAUUUAGACUGGGGAGAUAGUGUAAGGAGAAAAAAGUUGAAAGGCUUGGCAGAUAAAUAUAACUUAGAUCAGCUCAUAAAAGGAGUGACAAGAAUUGCCAAAAAAUCUAGCACACAACUUGACCUAAUUUUUACCAAUAAACCAGAAAGAAUAACUAAAAGUUAUAACCUUAUUACUGGGUUAUCUGAUCAUAAUCUGACUUUGGUAGCUAGGAAUCUUACUAAAAAUAGGUUUAAAUUUCGUUCAAAAACUCCAAUAAAUUUCUUAGGCAUACCCAAAACUCAGCAAGCUGAGUUUGACAAUGAAAUCAGUGAUCUAAGCUGGGAGGAUGUAAUAGCCUCUGAGGAUUUGGAGGGCAGUUGUAAUAUAUUUGUCAAUAAUAUUAACUCUGUAAGAGAACGUUUUACUGUUAAAAUCCAGAAAAAAUGUAAAAGAAAGCAAAAUCUACCAUGGUUAACUGACAAUGUGUGGAAACUCAUGAAGCAAAGGGAUGCUGCGCUAAGAAAAGCCAUUAAGUCUAAAGUGAGCACAGACUUGCUGAUUUUUAAAGGCCUAAGGAAUAAGGUUAUUUAUGAACUGAGGCAGGCUAAAUCUCAAUUUUAUCUUAAUAUUUUACAUAAUGCUAAAGGUAAUAGCAAACUAAUAUGGCAGGGCAUCAAUAAUUUGAUGAGGAAUGAGCCACUUGUCCCAGAAGAUAUUCAAUUGAAUACUGAUGGAAUUUUGACGGAUGACAAGUCUGCUGUUGCUAAAAUUCUUAAUCAUUAUUUUAUUGAUUCAGUAAAUGAUCUUGGGAGAAAUUUCACUGAAAGGGAAUUGGAUAUUACACCUAUCACUCCUCCUGAUGAAGCUUUCGUUUUGGCUCAAACAGAUGUCACAGAAGUGAAUAAAAUGAUCAGUUCUUUAAAGAAUUCCAAAUGUAGGGAUGUUUUUCAGUUCGAUACCAUGUUUAUUAAAAAACACCAGGCUACGUUAGUGCCACCAAUUGCUCACUUAAUUUAUCAAUAA